UUUGUUUUCCGGCAAUAUUUUUUGGACAUUGUGAUGUCAGACGAGUACGAAAGCGUACUGUUAGUAAUUCGUGAAUGUUAUGUAUAUAAAAUUCCGCCGAGAACAUCUAGUCGAGAAUACAAAGCAUCAGAAUGGGGUGAUAUGGAGGCUUUUUUAUGGAAAGGACGUUUAAGAGUUAUUUCCGUAGGAGAAAAGUGUUUUAUAAAGUUAGAAGAUGGGACAACUGGAGAACUAUUCGCACAGUGUUUAUAUGAUCCUGAUACUAAUACAGUUGAACCUGUACGUGAUUCAAGCAGAUAUUUUGUAUUGCGUAUUGAAGAUGAUGGUCGACAUGCAUUUAUAGGCAUGGGAUUUCAAGAACGUUCGGAAGCUUUUGAUUUUCAAGUAGCUUUACAAGAUCAUGUCAAACAUCUCAAAAUAGAAAAGGAGUCAGCUGAAUAUUCUAAAAAAGCCUUAGAGCAACCAAAAAGAGACUAUAGUUUGAAAGAAGGUCAAACAAUUAGAUUAAAGAUUGGCAAUCAUAAUACGCGGCAUAUAGAUAGUAUUUCAAGUAUUAAUACUGAUGAAAGUACAAAAACUGUUCCUCUUUUACCGCCUCCACCUUCUGCUGCUUCUGUUAGAAAAAAACAAAGUAUUUCUCCCGCUGCACAAAAUAUUCAAAGAUCUCCUUCGCCUAAUGAUUUUAGUGAUUUCAAUGAUUUCACUAGUUAUACUGAUUCAUCUAAUCCUGAUAUAUUUCAUUAAAUAUCUUACUGUUCUAUAGAUGCUUUAAUAAAAUUUG